AUGGAGUGGGAGCUCAACUUUCUGCUCUACCUGGCGCUCUUCUUCUUCCUGCUCUUCUUACUUUUCCUCCUGCUCUUCGUGGUCAUCAAGCAGCUGAAGAACUCUGUGGCCAGCACGGCCGGGGCGCUCCAGCCCGGGCGUCUCUCCGUGCACCGGGAGCCUUGGGGUUUCUCCCGCGAGCAAGCGGUGUGACCCGUAAGGCGCGGGCACUAGCGGGAGGGCACGGAGCUGCGCGGGCGCCGGG